UUUAUUAGUCCUCUAAUAUAAUUUAAUCAUGUGAUUAAGUUCAACAAUCAUUCCUAAUUAAAAAAACACCAUCAAGAGAAUUUGGGAUUCAACAAAAAAGUAUAAAAAAUAAAAAGUAAAAAAACGCGAAAAGAAGACGGAGUCUCCACAAUUUCCCAAUUCCUCGAGGACCUCGCCCUAGUCGCACGUCCGAUUCCUCCGGCGGAUCGCCACCGUUGCCGGCCAGAAAAUCUGAUUGCCACUCCUUCGCCAGCGCUUGUCCCGUCCACUCUCCCUCGCCGCCGGCGAGCCAAGUCGAAGAAAGCAGAGCGAGAACAAGUGAAGACUCUUCGCUUCAUUUUCUUCAGUUGGCUGCUUCAAUCUCUCGGCGAAUCGAAUCGAGCACAGUUCUGGAAACAGUGGCAUCGCCUUUCGCUCCAUCGGUCUUAUGGAGAUAUCAUUGUUAAAAAUGAUAUUAAAUGGAAUAUCCUCGUUUUUGCAUUUAUCAAUUUCUGGAAACAAGAGCUCUGAACCUGUCUCAAAGUAUUACCACAAGGCAGAGGAGAUACUUAAGCUGUUGAAGCCAAUCAUUGAUGAGAUUGUUAAUUCUGAGUUAGCUUCUGAUGAAGUGCUUAAUAAGAUAUUGGAAGAAAUCGGUCUUGCUGUUAAUGAAUUAAAGGAGCAUGUCCAGAACUGGCACCUAUUGUCUAGCAAAGUAUACUUUGUUUUGCAAGUUGAACCCCUUAUAUCAAGAAUUCGCACUUCAGGGCUCAAUAUUUUCCAGCAGCUGAAGGUUUCUCAGCAUUCUCUCCCUGAUGAAUUGAGUUCUGAAGAUUUACAGCAAUGUUCACAUAAACUUAAGCUUUUGGGGCAUGAAGAAACCUCAUCAGUUAUUAAGGAAGCUAUUGCAGAACAACUGGAAUAUGCAGGACCCAGUCCAGAGGUCCUGACAAAAAUUGCUGAUAGGCUGGACCUCGUGUCUAAUCAGGAUGUUCUUAUUGAGGCUGUGGCCCUUGAAAGGUUGAAGGAAAAUGCUGAACAAUCUGAAAAGACUGAUGAGGUGGAAUACAUCGAUCAAAUGAUUGCUGUCAUAACACGUAUGCUUGAGCGUCUCGUUAUGCUUAAGCAAGCUCAGAGUAGCAGCCCAGUUCCUAUACCGGCUGAUUUUUGUUGUCCACUUUCUUUGGAGCUGAUGACUGAUCCUGUGAUUGUGGCAUCAGGGCAAACAUAUGAGCGAGCUUUCAUCAAGAACUGGAUUGAUCUUGGGCUAACUGUUUGUCCAAAGACACGUCAAACUCUGGCUCAUACCAACCUAAUACCUAAUUAUACUGUAAAAGCUCUAAUUGCAAAUUGGUGUGAAUCUAACAAUGUGCAACUAGUUGAUCCCACAAAAUCCCCAAAUUUAAAUCCACCAUCCGUCCUUCAUGGGUAUAUGGAAUCCGGUACGACCAGGGAGUCACCUGUUUUUGCUCACCCCAGGAGCAACCAGCCGUCCUCACCUGAGUCAGCACGUUCUCGUUCUUUUAGUUCACCAGGUAAUAACAUAACUUCUGUUGGCAUUCAGCUAGAGGAAACAACAUCACCUUUGCAUCCCCGUUCAACUUCAGAAGGUUCCUUAAGUGGUAUAAUUAAUGGACAAUACAUGGAUCUUGCAAGAAUAUCUCCCGCUGGUUUGGAUGACAGGUCUGCUAGCUCAGAUGAAAGUACUGUGGAUUCAGCUAGCCAACCAUCAAUGUCGCCAUCUAGAAGGGAAUCAUCCAGUGCCUUUAGCUCUGAACAAUCUCAAACCCAUAUUAGAGCUGUUUCUGACUCCAGUGCACUUUCUACUGCAAACUUUCCUCAAGAAACCCAAGAUGAUGAUAACAAUGCUCGGCUAUCAAUAAGUCCAGGCCACAGUAGAGAUGCUUCUGGUGAAUUAAAUGCAGGGCCAGAAACUGCUGGUACUACUGUCAUGCCAUCAACUCAUAGAGAAGCUGAGUCCCCAGCCCGAUUGUUAGAGACAAGGCGAAAUCAAGGCAUAUGGAGGCGGCCACCAGAAAGGCUUGUUCCUAGGAUAACAUCGCCUGCUAUUGAAACAAGAGCUGAUCUUUCAGGUAUUGAAGCCCAGGUCCGGAAUUUGGUUGAGGGCCUGAGGAGCUCUGAUCUUGAUACUCAGAAAGAGGCAACAGCAGAACUCCGCCUUCUUGCAAAGCACAAUAUGGAUAAUAGAAUUGCGAUUGCAAACUGUGGAGCCAUUAACUUGUUAGUUGAUUUACUUAGAUCAGCUGAUACAGCAAUCCAAGAAAAUGCUGUUACCGCACUUCUAAACUUAUCAAUCAAUGAUAACAACAAAACUGCAAUUGCAAAUGCUGGUGCAAUUGAACCUCUGAUUCACGUGCUUGAGACUGGGAGCCCAGAAGCCAAGGAGAAUUCUGCCGCCACUCUUUUCAGCUUAUCCGUGAUUGAGGAAAACAAGAUUUUCAUAGGGAGGUCUGGGGCAAUUAGACCACUGGUAGAUUUAUUGGGGAAUGGAACCCCUAGGGGAAAGAAAGAUGCUGCCACUGCUUUGUUUAAUUUGUCAAUAUUUCAUGAAAACAAGAAUAGGAUUGUGCAAGCUGGUGCUGUGAGGCACCUUGUGGAGUUAAUGGACCCAGCAGCUGGAAUGGUUGACAAGGCAGUUGCUGUCUUAGCAAAUCUUGCCACAAUUCAAGAAGGAAGAAACGCAAUUGGUGAAGAAGGUGGGAUUCCUGUGCUGGUUGAGGUUGUUGAGUUGGGUUCUGCGAGAGGAAAGGAGAAUGCAGCCGCAGCUCUUCUACAUCUUUGUUUACAUAGUAACAAAUUUUUAGGCAAGGUGCUUCAACAAGGAGCUGUCCCUCCUUUAGUAGCUUUAUCUCAGUCAGGCACCCCAAGAGCCAAAGAAAAGGCCCAGGCUCUCCUCAAUCAAUUUAGAAGUCAAAGACAUGGGAAUGCUGGGAGGGGCUGAUUUGAAUUCCCAACCUUGUGUGGUAUCCAAAGUGUUGCUGCUCAUGUUACAAUAUAAAUAAAAGAGUUCGAUCAAGAAUUUCUCCUGUCCCCCUUUUUGUAAGACACGGCUUCUCUUUUUCCAUUUCAAUGCAAGACAGUAGUGGUUCUACACAUUUAUUGAUUUUGGAAAUUGAAUUUUAAGGGAACUUAGUCCAGAAAAAUCUCCAUUCCGGAAAUUACUAAUACUGACAAUCAACACCAAGUACUCAGAUGAUACAAUAAUUAACAACAGCAGCCCUAAAAGAUUGAAAAGAA